AUGGAGAGUUCGCAAUGGAUUUAUUACAAACCCGUAACUUCGCUCGCGGACGACUCGCCCAUAGAAUUCGUCAUUCCAGGACAUGGAGAAGACUAUCUGGAUCUCACUCACACCAUGUUGAGCCUUCGCAUACGCGUAGAAAGCGAAAGCGGAGAGAGCACAUCGGUCGCACCCGACGACAUGGCAAAAGUAGGACCCGUAAAUCAUCUACUGCAUUCCAUGUUCAACCAAAUCGACGUAUAUUUCAAUCAAAAGCUCGUGUCGCCGCCAAACAACGCUUACGCGUACCGCGCGUACAUCGAGGCCUUAUUAAAUUUUGCUUCACCCGCAAAAACUUCCCAUCUAACCUCCUGCUUAUGGGACGCGGAUAUCCCCGGAUACAUGGACGACACUUUAGACGCGUCAACCUCAAAUUCGGCGCUCGCGAGACGCGCAAAAUACAUUCAAGGGAAUCGCGCGCUAGAUCUCAUAGGUCACCUUCACUGCGACGUUUUCAAUCAAGAUAAAUUUUUAAUUAACGGAGUGGAAGUUAGAAUGAG